AUGGAUCCCGAGGAGACAAGGGAGGGGGCGUGGUUCUGGAACGGUGAAGUCCAGCAAGUCGUCAGGCAGAAGAAAGCCGCCCACAAGGCAGAAGACGCGAGAUCUAAGAGACCAAUCGCAGACGGUCUCGGGAAAGUCAUCGAAAGAGUACAGGACCACGCAUACCAGGAGAGUGAUCUAGCCGCUGAUGGUAACCUGGACCACUCUUCUGCAUCAGCACGUCCUCCGAAAAGAGGUGCGCAAGCGAAGAAGGCGAAAACUGGGAAGAGGAAUAAGAAGAAGAAGCAAAAGGACACUCGUCAGUCAAACAGGAAAAAUGGUGACCGCAAAAACGGCAAUUCAAAAUCAUUUCGUCCUGACACUGAUAACAACACUCAAAAUGGCACCGCGGAUAACAACGAAAGCUCACAGUCGGUGGACAUUUUUUCUGACCUGGAAGAUAAUGAUUAUCCCAUGGAGGAACUUGAAGACAAUGCAGCUGAUAGGGAGGAAGAAGUAAUUUGUGAAGAUAACGCGGCUGAAAGGGAGGAAGAUGAAGAAACUCGUGAAGACGACAUGGCUGAUAGGGAGGAAGAAGAAGUAACUCGUGGAGACAAUGUGGCUGAAAGGGAGGAAGAAGAAGUAACUCGUGGAGACAACGCGGCUGAUAUGGAGGAAGAAGAAGUAACCCGUGGAGACAAUGUGGCUGAAAGGGAGGAAGAAGAAGUAACUCGUGGAGACAACGCGGCUGACAGGGAACAAGAAGAAGUAACUCGUCGUCCACCCCAAUCAACGGAGAAUGGGACGAUUGAUCCUCCCGAGAGUAAUGGCAAUUCGGAGUUGGUCGCAAGUAAGGCUAACACCAACGCCGAAAAUCCGCCUUCAACUUCAUCAAAAUCUCGUAAACGUAAGCCAGCAAGCAAGCCAAGUACUACAAAUCCAAAAAGGAAAAGAGAAGUGAAGGUUCUUCCCCGUCCACUAUCCAGCAAGAAGAAAGUUCCAGCUGUUCCCAAAAAUGUCGGCAAUUUGGAAUCGGCUCGAUCUGACGCUGGUAGUAACGGAGAGAAUCACAUCGCGAGUGUGAACGAUAGCUCAUCGGCUUUGUCCAAAUCGCCUCCUCGCAAAAGGGCUCCCAUGAAGGAACUUGAAGCUAAUAAGACCAUCGAGCACAAGGGGCAACCGAUACGUCCUCCUACCAAGUUGACAGAAAAUCGCGCCUGUCGUAACAACAAGGAUGGUCGCAAGGAACAGGAUACUGUAAUGCCGCUCCCACCUAACGCAGAAGGCAAUGGUAGAAACGAUCUUGCCCAGAGGAGCGAUAACGAUAACACUUCGACGCGCGAACCUGCUCAGAAACGUAGGCCACGCCGGAAGAGAAAACCAUGGAAUCCUAGACCUAGGAAAACCCCAAGUGUCCGCAACAAAGCAAAUGCUCGUCCUCAGUCCGAUUCGAGGCGCCAGUAUCAAAGUGCCCAACCUGAACAGAACGCAGUAAUCAACAAGAGUGCACACGAACCAGUAGAAAAUCCCGGUCAUCCCAGAACCCAGGCAAAUGCGCCUCCUACAAUGCACAUGAGGAAAAUUGAGGAUGAAGUAAUUCAGAGGAUGUACGUGUUCCGUCAAGGAGAAACCCUGAUGAGAGUAGUUGAAAGCAAUGGUGGAAGAAGAGGUAAACCUUAG